AUGGCGACGGGGUGGGUGAAGUCACUGCACUGCAAGUCUAACGCCGUGGAAGAUGUCGUGUACUCCCCGAUGCGGUCAUCUUCGUCUUCUUCUUCUGCUAAGAAGCCGCUGCUCUCCUCCGUUUCCUGCAGUAGCGCAUCUCACACCGUUAAAGACGUCAUCUUGCUGGCCCCUAACUACCCUUCCUGCUCCUCCUCGAUUCCGAAGAAGCCCCGGCACAACACGAGGCCCAAAUCCAAGCACAAACCAAGAACACCCCGCCCGUGCGCGUCGCCGCCGUCGGUGUCUGCGUCCGAGCUAGUGGGGCGCGCCCGCGCGGAGCCCAUCCCCACGCUAACGGAGCUGCCGGCAGGCCACUCGUCGAGGCGGGUCGUGGAGAUCAUCUUCAGCUCGAGCUGGUGCUCCUCCGGGGCAGGCGGAGUCGACGGCUCGGCGGCGGCGUUCCCGAGCGAGAUCGAGAUGCUGUUCCGGGUCCACAACCCGGCCCGGACGGUGGCGCGGUUCGAGGAGCACCGGGCGUCGGUUCGCGCCCGGGCCGACGACGCGCGCUGCGCCGCCGACGGGAACGAGAUGAUGCGGUUCCACAGCGGCCGCGCCGGGGGCGUGGUCUACGACGCGGGGGUGGCGCGCAGCGCGGUGUGGUCGGCGGGGAGGAAGGUGGAGGGGGUGCGGACCUUCGCGGGCAGCGGCGGGGCGCACGCGAGCGGGGGCGGCGGGGCCGGGCGGAGGGGGAUGCUGGUGUGCCGGGUCAUCGCGGGCCGAGUCAGAGGAGAGUCAGACCCCGAGCGGGAGGCCGAUUCGGUGAGCCUGGGGAACGGGGAGCUCCUGGUAUUUGAUCCCAGGGCAGUCCUCCCCUGCUUCCUUAUCAUCUAUAAGCUCUAAACGUAAGCUCCCAUCAUUAUUUCCACCCAUCAUAUCGUCGUAAUCUCCUUAUCAUUUCUUGUGGAAUGUGGAAUGCUUCGUUGAUGUAAACUUUCAUAUGGAUAUAUAAUAUUUUCUCCUUUAUUGUUCGUUA